GCAACGACAGCAACACGUUCAUUCUAAACAAAGAUGGCGGCCAUGCAGCACCUUUCUCUCGUGGUUGUUUUUCUCUUUUGUCAAGCAUCAGGACAAGAUGAACAAAUGAAAACAAUUAUCUUAGAUGAUGAUAAUUUUGAGCACCUUACCCAAGCAUCAACUGGAGCGACAACUGGAGACUGGCUUGUGUUAUUUUCAAAAAAUGAAGAUGAUUGUUUAAAAUGUGCUGAAGCAAAGGAUGUGUUUUCUUCACUCACUGAAAGAUUAAGUACAAGACUCAAUGUUGCUUUAAUUGAUGCUCAGAAGAAUCAAGGUCUUCUUCGUCGUUUCAAGAUCAAUACUUUUCCAUCUAUUUAUUUCUUCCGUCAUGGAUUUCAGUUCGCAUACCUGGGAUCAAUUGAUCAGACAAAACUUGAGAAUUUUGCAUUGGGUGGAUACAGAGAUGUACGAAAAGAGGCUGUGACAAAACCACUCAGUACUUUUGACAUCUGGCUAGAAGACACAACUCAAGAAAUCAUGGUGUCAAUUAAAGAACGAAAGCUGCCAUCAACUUCAACUAUAGGCAUUGCUGCUGGGACAUUUUUACUCUGCCUCGCAUUUCUGUUUUGUUGUUGCUCUGGUACGAGGCCGGAGCCUGUUACACAAGCAAAGAAACGUCAGUAAAAAAAUCUUGCACAAAUAAUUGUUAUCAUUGAUAAUAACAAAAUAAAUUUGAUUAAAAUAUCGAAAGUUUCCACGAAAUUCUGUGUGAAGUAUUUGUUUGUUAGUAUAAAAGCUGAAAAGAUUUAUCUGCUAA